UUUUUCUUUUUUCAUUUUUUUUUUUCCUUUUCUUCGCUCCAUAUUAUAAUGUCAAAUAAAACUACGAUUACAACCGAUGAUUUACCAACAAAACCAGAUAAUGACUCUAGACUUUGGAAUAGAGGUGGUAUUUCAGAUAGUGUAUCAGCUAGACGACGGCGAAGCCUAGCAACUUACAAUCAAAAUGUUGGAGUACACACUUCCGUUAUUCGACCAACAGAAGAUAUAUUCAAUGCUAACGACCCACAAUUAAAAGAUGAUAUCUUGGCUAUUAUUAUGCAGUACUUAUCUGACGAAGGUUACCAUGCAUCACAAUCAGUACUAUACGAUGAAGCCAAUGUCAAAUGGAAAGAACGUGAAGAAAGAACCAUAGAAGUGAAAAGACUAAGAAAAGCAAUCUUAGAUGGUGACUGGCAAGAAGCGGAAAAGCUAUGUACGAAACCACUAGUGAAAAACCACCGCUCGUUCUUAUAUUCUGUUUACAAACAACAAUAUUUAGAAUAUAUUGAUCGCCGAGAAAUUCAAAAGGCAUUUACAUUUCUUAACAAACGAUUAAAGCCAUUGGAACAUUUACAAACAAAACCAAAUGAAUUCAAGGAUAUGUGCUACCUAUUGACAACGAAAUCUAUUCCUGAAGUACAAAGUUUCCGAAACUGGGAAGGUAUUAUGUCAGCAAGGGAAAACUUGGUGGAUCAACUUCAAAAUAUGCUUGAUUUCGAAACAGCGGAUCGAAAUGGUAGCCGAUAUAUUCCACCUCAUCGAUUAUUGACUUUAUUACGACAAUCUGUUGCUUAUCAAAUUGAAUUUUCUCGUUACCAUCCCAAAAUUGCUCCUGCUGUCAACUCUUUAUUAGAAGAUUAUACCAGUUUUGUUAUUCCCAAUGCUGUUGGUGCUACUUUAUCAGGUCACAAAGGAAAUGUCAAAUGUGUUGAAUUUAUUGGAGAUGAAGGACGAACAGCAGUGUCAGGGUCAAGUGACAAUACACUUCGUAUUUGGGAUGUUGAAUCAGCAGAAUGUCUAGACGUUUUGGAAGGUCAUCAAUCAAGAAUAUGGGAUGUUUCAGCAACACAACAUGGUGAUUAUAUUGCAAGUGCUAGUGGUGAUGGAUUAGUCAAGAUCUGGAGUUUAAAAGAUACAAAGGCAUCUUGUACAAAUACUUUACACGGUCAUAGUGGUGAUGUAUACUCUGUCAAAUAUCAUCCGAAUGAGGAUCAUGUUGUUUCUGGUGGUUAUGAUAAAACAGUUCGUAUGUUUGAUGUGAAUACUGGUGCUAUUGUCAAGACUUUCCAAGGACAUCAAUUAGCAGUUACAAAAACAAUAUUCAAUCCAUUAGGUAACUUAGUUAUUAGCGGCUCCAAAGAUAACACUAUCAAGUUUUGGGAUAUUGUAUCUGGAUUAUGUAUUCGAACGAUCUCUUCUCAUUUGGGUGAAGUGACAUCAGUUGAAAUGAAUUCAAGUGGCACGUUGUUACUCAGUAGCUCCAAGGAUAAUUCUAAUCGUUUAUGGGAUGUGCGAAUGGUUAAACCUUUACGAAAACUGAAAGGUCAUCAAAAUACAUCCAAGAAUUUUAUACGAUCUAAUUUUGCAGACAACAAUCUUAUCGUGGGUGGAUCGGAUGAUGGUAUUGUUUAUAUAUGGGAUCAAGAAACUGGUGAAGUAUUGCAAAAACUUCGUGGACACAAUGGUGUGGCGUAUGAAGCGAAUUGGAAUUCCAAACAAGGUAUGCUUGCAAGUUGUAGUGAUGAUCAAACAGUGAAAAUAUGGAAAUAUGAUGAAUCUGUGCCGAUGAAUCUUUGAAAACGGUCAACAGUUUAGUUUAGAUAGAAUAGAUUAUUUUGUAUAGUUUUUGAAUAAUAAUAUUAAUAAUAAUAAUAAAAAAUUCAACUUGGUUACCCUUGUAGUAAGCUGCC